ACCCUGCUCGUUAAACAACACUAUUUCGCUGGACGGGAAUAAACAUACAAAACGCAAUUCAUACUGAAGCGUUGGAUACCCCGAUUGAACCAAAGCUACAGCUCUUGAUUUCAGCAGCCAAUUCCAACUUCCGCGGCUUGCCUGAGGAUUCGACUACGAGCUUCUUGACACGUAGUUCUCCAGCCAGCGCCAUCUGGGCAUCACUGCUCCGCGAUAGCAGCGUCAAUCCCUUCUUCUCCCUCUUUUUCUCUCUCUUCUGCCUGCUUCCACUAUAAAACGCAUACAAAAACACCCACAGAUCAAAAUGAUUCGCGCAACACAAAUAUCGAGGCUGGACGGCCUCAUGCUUUGCGCCUCCGUCGACGACGAAGCACAAUCCGACGCCGCCGCCCUCAACGAAGUCAAGCAGCAACUCCGCCAAAUCCUUCGCAAACUCACCCGCACCUCGGAAUCGCAAGCCUCCAUCGAAACCUCGUCCGCCCUCUUCACAAUCCACUACCUCAUCGACUCCGACGUCGUCUUCCUCUGCAUCUGCGAGCGCUCCUACCCGCGCAAGCUGGCCUUCACCUACCUCGCCGACCUCGCCCGCGAGUUCACCACCACCUACACCGCGCAGAACAUCCACAACCCGGCCCUGCGGCCCUACGCCUUUAUGGAGUUUGACAACUUCAUCGUCAAGACGAGGACGACGUAUGCGGAUGCCCGCGCGGCGCAGAAUCUGGAUAAGUUGAAUGACGAGCUGCGCGACGUUACCAAGAUUAUGACCAAGAAUAUCGAGGACCUGCUGUAUCGGGGGGAUAACCUGGAGCGCAUGGGCGAGAUUAGCAGCCGCUUGAGGGAUGAUAGCAAGAAAUAUCGGAGGGCUGCUGUGCGCAUCAACUGGGAGCUGAUGUUGAAGCAGUAUGGACCCUUUGCGGGACUGGGCUUUUUCAUCCUGAUUUUCAUCUACUGGCGGUUCUUCUAAAACAAAAGUGGUAGGAAAAGUGUGGAGAGAGGGGAAGAGAGAGAUGUUAAUGAUUGAUAUGCGGUUUCACGUAUAUUGUGAGAAAGCGAUAGGGGGGGGAAGGCAUCAAUGCACAGAGAGCGGAGCGUGGCGUUGAUGGGGAUAUCCAUUAUACUCUAUAUACAAUUAUGUGAACUAAUAAAUGCUUUCGACGCAUCAUAAAUGUCUUUGCAGCUAUUUCUUGCCCCUCUCUCCCAUUGUCUUUAUUCUCUAGCUUGAACGCUGCUCUUCAAAAUGAUUCAGUUGUGGUAGGUAAAAGCAGGGGGGGAAACGUCGUAUAACCUGAUUCGCCGCAAACUCCUAAUUCAGAUGUCUCGCUGAACCCAUCAAAGACAUGGUAUUGCCUCCCUCUCUUUCUUUCUUGCAAAAGGAAACAAACAAAUUGAUAAUUCCUCUCAGUAUUCAUCUCUUGCAACC